AUGCCUCGCACUGGCGACUACAUUGCACUCCAGUCUUCGGACGAGUCCCUCCCCACAGCCGGCAAUGUUCAACCUGUUUACUACCAUACCGAUCGCCUCGUCUUCUGGGCGACUGUCGGCGUACUAUGCUCUACCCUCGUCGUAAUCGCCACUGCCGCUGGGCUCCUGGAAUCCCCAGCCCCUCCGCCGGUCAUUAGCGACCACCGACCGAACCCCUACGUCCACCUCGACGUCCUGCUUCAGAACGCCACCCUAGACUGGAAACCCUUCGUCAACUUCCCCCCCGUGGCCCUCCAGUUCAAGACGUCCGACACCUCCCGGAGGCUCUCCGAGGAGGGCCGGGACCACCCCACCGACUUCGGCAAGGUCUACCCCGACGACCGCCAUGUAGUCGCGAACAGCACGCACUCCACCGUGCUGCAGUUCCGCAACAUGGACUACCUGAUGGAGCGCUGCGUCCUCCACUGGGACGCGCCGCGCUUCUCCGCCGGCUUCCCGAACCCGGACAUCCGCAUCGACCCCUCGCCCGCGCGGGUCGACGUCUGGCUGCUCGAGCGCGAGCGCGAGAUGUCGCGGUACCUGCCCGGGUCGACGGACUUCGCGCCCGCGCGCCGGCGGCUGCUCACCACCAUGGCCGUCGCCGACGGCGCGCCGAGCGAGAGCGUGCCGUUCGUGUGCCCGUCGCAGAAGUACACGACCGUGGAGCUCACAUGCCCCGCCGGCGGAGGGGCCUGCGGGGUCGACUUUUGGCAGAACCGGCGCGUGCACCCGCCGGGAGGCAUCUUCAUGAAGCAGCACCCGUACCGGGCAUCGGGAAAGGAUAUGGUGUAA